AGGGGAGUGUUUGGCUACUUCUGCUGUGUAUUCUUCUUCUCCGUCUGAUAGGAUGAGGAAGAGGAUGCAGCCGUGAACACUGACUUAACAACUGUAUGAGGAGACCUGACAGGUAGACCACAGCCUCUCAGAGGGGUGUGGCCGCACCCAUUGAGGGCGUGUCUGACUGGAAUCUCUGGACCUUCAUCUAGGCUGUCCAUUUGUCAGUCUUUAAAGAAGAACGAACAAAGGCAGUGCCGAGGGGCGGCGACUAUGGCGAGUUUUGGGAAACUUACGGACUACUUCAACCGUCGUAAGUCCCGCGAGGAGCUGAGGGGGGGCAGGAGCUCACGGAGGAGCGGCAGCUACUGCUGUACGGUGGCGGAGGCCAGGUCGUUGGAGAGGAAGCUGCAGAGGCCUCUAUUGGCCAAGUCCCGGACACUACCCAGCAUCCCCCAGUCCCCUACCGUGGCCAGGGUCCACCACUCAGACCUGAUUGGUGGGAGUCCUCCUCGCAGGACGUCUUUGGCCAGCAACAACAAUCAGCCCAAGGCCUGCACUUUGCCUCCUGAAGGGGAGCUGUGGCGUCUGGAGGACGACGUGGAGGACGAGGAGGAGGCGGGGCGUCUGUGUGCCGCCGCCCGCCCCCGUUCACAAUCGCCCUUCUCCCACUUCCGCACGCGCACCGCAUACCUGCGCAAGAGCGUCUCCGUGGACGACCCCCUGGGCAUGGUAGACUACUGCUCGUCGGCGCCCCUCGAGGGCAAAGGCAGUCGCGGCGGCAAGGGCAAGCUCAAGAGGAAGUUUAGUCUGGGGUCAGCAGACAGGAAAGAGUUCCAACAAAAGAAGCCAGAGUCGAGCAUAUCCAAAUUCACUCACCGGCUGUCCCUAAAAGAGCGGCAGACCAAACCUGAGAAGACUACACUGGAUAGACCUCCGUCCUACAGGAGGCGCUCUCUCAGUCUGGACUGGGCCGACUCAGCCAAGAUGAACCAGCGAGAGAUGCGAGAGCCUCAUCCUCCUCCCAUCCGGAACAAGUCCACCAGUCUGUCAUCCCCCAGUGCCGCCCGUCGCCUUUACCGGAACCUGUCAGGGAAGUUCCGUGUGGGCAACCUGCCUGGCCUGGAGGACAGUGUUGUGUCGGGACGGGGCGAUAAGGAGCGCCUCCGCAAGUCCACUAUGGUGAUGGACACAGGGUCAAUACAGUUCCAGAGUAACGAGGCGCUGUUCGAGGCGGUGGAGCACCAAGAGAUGGACCUGGUGCAGCUACUCCUGUCCCAGUACAGUAUGGAGGAGCUGGACCUCAACACCCCUAACAGUGAGGGCCUGCUGCCCCUGGACAUCGCAGUCAUGACCAACAACGUACCCAUGGCCAGGCUGCUGCUCCGCGCCGGAGCCAAGGAGAGCCCCCACUUUGUGAGCCUGGAGGGCCGUGCGGUGCACCUGGCCACGUUGGUCCGUGAGGCCGAGCAGCGUGUGGGGGACUUGCAGGCCCAGGUGCGGAGUGAGUUCCCCGGGGAGCGGGAGGCGUCGGACCAUGAGAGGCAACUCAAGGCCUGGGAGUGGAGGCACCGGCUCUUCAGACGCAUGCAGACGGGCUUUGAGCAUGCCAGCCCUCCGGAUGUUCCCAGCUCUGUCCGUCUGUCUGUCAGUAGCAGCUCCAGUCUGAGGGUGGACUUCCAGGAGCCUCUCAGUGUCAACUCUGCAGUAGUCACCAAGUACAAAGUGAGUUGGAGCAGAUCCCCUUCCCUCAGUCCUCUGUUGGGUGAGGCGCUAGUAGAGGACACCAGUCUAUUGCAGUGCAACAUCACCGACCUCACACGCGGAGAAUAUUACUAUUUCCAGGUGUCUGCCUUCAACAUGAAGGGAUGGGGUCCUGCCCAGAACUCCACCCCAUCCUGCGCCUCCCCUUCCAGUUGGAGGGAGAUUGACGGCCGCGCACCUCGCCAGCGGGGACAGAAGGAGGCGCUAGACCAGCUACUGGGACAGAUUAAAGAGACGCACCGCCACUGUGUGUGCCACGAGCAGUGCAAAGCCCCUCCACAUGUGAGGAAACAUUCCGUAUCCAAAAGCCUGCGCCACCUCUUCCAGCCUACCAGCAAAUUUGUCAAAAGCUUGAAACGAGGUCUCUACUUGACGUCUAUAUUCUACCGAGAUGACAACGUACUUGUGACGCCUGAGGACCAGAUCCCCAUCGUAGAGAUAGAUGACUCCUACUCCAGCUCACUGAUGCAGGACUUCCUAUGGUUCACUAAGGUGUCCUACCUAUGGGAGGAGAUUCCGUGGCUGCAGCAGUGUCUCAGCCCCUCCCAGUCUUCCUGCUCCUGCACCCUCCAGACACGCCUCAAGAUGCUGCAGGCCGUAUCCCAACUACAGGGAAUGCUGGGAACUCAGGACCUGGGUCAGGUUUACUUUGAGCCAAUCAAAGACAAGCAUGGCAACGCUCUGCUGGUGUUGCUGAAGGACAUGAACGUGUGUCCCAGUCUGGACGGGGUGAAGUGGACACAUCUGUGUAAGCUUCAGCUUCAACGCAAAUCCAUCUCGUCCCCCGAGGAGCCCACGGCCCUGGACACGCUGCUCAUCACCCUCCACGAGAAGCUGGCGUACCACAGACGGAGCAGGAAGCUCCUCUCCCCAGGCCUGUACCUGGGCUACCUGAAGCUGUGUAGCUCUGUGGACCAGAUCAGAGCCCUGGUGCCUCAGAAGCUACCCAACGUCCUCUGUCAUGCUAAGAUACGAGACAACUGUAAUGUGUCUAGGGAGGAGUGGCAGUGGCUGCAGGCCCUCAGUUCUCUGGAGGAGUCUCUGGAGAUGGACCAGGAUGUGCAGAGCGCUCCACACCGCCUCCUACAGGACCUACGCAGCGCUGCCAAGGACCUCAUGGCCCACAUGAACAUCCCUGUCAGCCAGGUGCAGGACUUCCGUAUCUACGCCCAGGAGGUGUUGGAAUUUGGGGACACGGUGUCCUUCCUACUACUGCUGCCCCCCUCAGACGACGUGUGUACGGCCCCCGGCCAGAACAACCCCUAUUCCCCCCGAUCAGGCUUCCUCACCCUGCCUCUGCAGAUCUUUGAGCUGGUUCACUUUGAUGCCUACUGCCCCAGCUUCAUAGGGCAAUACUGCCGUGUGUCUGCCCUGCUGGAGCUGGAGUCGCUCAUGUCCCAGCAGACCCUGAGGGAGGCCUUCUCUGAGACGGAGCUCCACGCCGCCAAGCAGAAACACCAGCAGGUCCAGGAGCACAUGCAGCAAAUGGAGGAGGUGUGGCGGGAGGCGCGGUGGAUCAUGGACGCCCUGCAGUAUGCCCGCUACAAGCAGCCCACCGGGGCCAUUUCCCUGGGCUGGAUCAUCCACUUCUCCAGGGACGCAGUGCCCGACACGCCCCGCUCCACCUCCUCCCAGCCAGACUACCUUCCCUCACCCAUGCCCUCCCCCGAACCCAGCCGCAAGCACUCUGAAGACUUCCACGGUCUCUCAGAUGAAGAGGGUUCCUCUGAGGUCUUCCUCACCACCGACAGCGACUACGACUCUAGCCGUGCCCAGAGCCCCCGCGAGUUGGACCUUCUGCCGCCCUCGCCCCUCUCCUCCUCCGGCGGCGGUGUGGGAGGAGGGGUUGGAGGGGGUUCAGGGACAGGAGCACUGAGAGCCUCCACCCCAGACGUGCUCCAGGCCUCGGAGCCCCAGACAGGCCCUACCGGCGAACAACGGCUGAGCGGAGGGGGGCCCGGUGGGGAGAGGCGGAGGGGCAGGGGGGGUCCCAUGGAGCUCUUCGACAGCGACUUCAUCCUACCCAGCAGGCAGAUCGAACUUCUGAGGAUCACGGAGAAGAGGCAGGCCUUCUGUGUGAGAACCAGUAGUCUUGAAUUCCCCUCUGGUGGUCAUACUGCACACUCACCCUCACCAUCCUCCUCCCCCCACCGCCGCUGGCACCGACCCUCCUCUGUGGACCGCUGCUGCCCUGCUGAGCGAUGCCUGCCGCACCCCCAGCCCCCCGUCCGCACCCUGUCAGAGGACAGCGGCACCCAGAGGCUCUCAGGUUCCCCCUCGCCCGGUGCCCACAGGAAAGGCUGGCACGCCACGCUCCGGGUGUACCCGCAGUACCGAACCGGGCUACCCAAGGAAACCAGUGUCAAGCUGCGGGUGACCCCAGGCACGUCGGCCAGGGAGAUGGUCCAGCUGGUGGUGCAGGAGAUGAACGCGGUGUCGCGCCGGCUCCUCAGCGGUAGCAGUAGUAAUGGAGGGGGAGCGGAGGGGGAGAAGUGUCUGUACAGCCCUGAGCAGCUGGAGCACUUUGGACUGGUGCUGGUGGUGGACGGCAGGGAGAAGUGGCUCCAGGAUGACUUCUGUCCCUUGGAGCUGCAGAACCCCUGGCUCCGGGGCAAGCUGUGUGUCCGCAUCAAGGCGUACUCGCCCCUGGCACUGCAGUACAGCAGGGCGACUACUGUUUGAAACUAAGGGGUGGGGAAGGAUUCAGGGGGAGGUGGAUGGAGCUUCCUCCUUUGGAAAUGUUGGAACAUGAACUUUUAACAUUUUACACGGGCCAAAUCCAAGGCAGCCUCCCUGGGAUGAACUUCCACUGGAAUUUUCUCAAAUGUUCUCCCUCUCUUUCUCUCUCGUUCAAACUUUCUCCUCUUCGGUUGUUUUUACCGUCCAGCGACUGUAGCUACAGAGCACAGUCGGGGGCUUUCUGUUUGUUUGUUGUUAACUGAAAUGCUGCUGUGAGACUCUGUUUCCCAUAAAGUCUCUUCCCACCCCAUGUAAACUACACUUUCUUCCUCAAUACUCACCUGGACAUCAAAUGUACAAAAGGAAAUGGAAAGCUGUUGUUAUUAUAUUAUUUGCAUCACCAAACGUCAAAGCCCAAAAAAGGGAUGUGACGUGAGGAAGAUUAAUGAAUGAAUGCUACCGCGCUUUGGCAUGGGGCGUGAUUGACUGCAACACAUUUUGGCGCCUGCGUUGCCAGAACGCCACGGUAUCGUCAUCUGCAGCCACAUGCGGGUGGACAAGCCUUUUCCUAUGAACUUUUCCUAUGAGCCCUCUCUCUCUCUCUCUCUCUCUCUCUCUCUCAUUCCAAGAGGCUGUUGGCUGCAACCCUGCAGCCGGCCUUCCCGACGUUCCCAGGAUGUGGGCCCUGGACUCUUCCCAGAGGGCCCAGAGCGAGGGAAGGGGGCUGGCGUCUCCCAGCUCGGGACAGAAUCUGGAAUCUGUCCUGCGGUUUGACCUCUAAGUUUGUCACUCUGUCAGACUCGCCUCCCCUGACCACUGUUGUAACUUUGGGAAGGAGAGAGCCAGGAGUACAGAGGAUUACA